AUGGUAACGAGUACCACUGCCGAAGCUCAGUUACAGCCCCUAAUAGAUGUUACCGUUAGGCGUUUAUCCGAGUACCUAGAAGAGGUAUUAAUAACUUUAAAGGAGAAAGAGCGUGAUUGCCUAAUUAUAAUUAGUAAAUGGGGCUGCGAUGGGUCUCAACAAUCACAGUUCAAACAAAAACUAGAAAGUAACAUUGAUUCGGAUUCAAGCAUAUUCCAAAGCUGUUUUGUGCCUUUUCAGUUAGUUUCUGAAGAUAAAAAUGGAAACGUUUUAUGGAAUAAUCCAACGCCCUCUUCGCCGCGAUUUUGUCGACCAAUAAGAUUCCGUUUUAUCAAGGAAACUAAUUAUGUAACUGAAGAGGAAAUAACACACGUUAAAAGCGCUAUUACCUCUUUAGUCCCAACAGAGGUCGACCUAGGAGGGAAAAAGUUGCUAAUCAAGCACAAAUUUAUCAUGGCCAUGGUAGAUGGAAAGGUCUGCAAUGCAGCUACAGGUACAAAGUCUACGAGUAGGAGCUACAUAUGUGGGGCAACCUGGAAAGAUUUUAAUAAAUUGGAUUACAAAGGAGAAGUGAAUUUUACAGCCCUUGAAUUCGGCAUAUCUGUGUUACACGCUAGAAUUCGAUUAUUUGAAUGCAUCCUACACUUAGCAUAUAAACUUAAAGUGAAAAAAUAUAGGGAAAGAAAAUCGAAAGAGGAGAAAAACCUAGAAGAUCAAACCAAAAGAGAGAUACAAACAAAGUUCCGCAGUGAAACAGGUUUACUAAUAUGUCUAAAUCCAAUUUCAGGAAUACAAAUGAUGGAAAUACUAGCAGAAGGGUAUUUUGACCUGGAAGCAGAUGAACUAGAGGAAUUAACCAGAGGCCAGCAUGCCUCGGAUUUACGGUAUAUUGAGAGAAGAAAGAGACUAUCGCUCUUUGGGGUUGUUUGCAAGAAAAGAACAACAACCAGCUGUAAAUCACUUUUGGAGACAAUAUUUUAUCCCAAAAGAUUUUAUUCGGCAGCUAGAAAGCAACUAGAAAAAAUAACAAGGAAAAGGAAACGGACAAUAUUCGGGCAUUUGUACCCAAGAUUCAAAAAUAGCAUAAAUCUUGGAAACAUAAACAUAAUUGAAAAAUUUUGCGGUGCGAUAAAGGAAUCUGAAGAUGAACUGAAUGAUAAUGUGAAAGAAGAUAUAACUGGGUAUCUUAAAUCCCUUGAAAAGAAAUUUCAGCGGUACUUCCACGAGCUUAUCGAAAGAGUCUUACUAACCAAAGGAGGAAAUUUAAGCGUAACCCCACAGACAAUACCCACAGAAGAAAUCAUUGCCAAUAUAGAAGCAAGAAUUAAAAAAGUACCACCUGAUGUGAAAGAAGAGGUACGCAGUGAAUUUGCAAGAAUUCUACGGAAAGCCAAACCACCUAGAGGCGAAAAGGCAGCUAUAAGAAGUCUCAAUGAGUAUGAAAACAUCAUAAAUAUACCCGCCGACAAAGGAAAUGCAACAGUCGUCGUGAACACAUCGGAAUGCAGGAGUAAGCUGAAUGAUCUGGUCAAUCAAGACACAUAUAAGAGAGUAUCGAAAGAUCCAACAAGAAGAUUUUAA